GUUCACUCUAUUUUCUCCCUGGCCUCAUCCCAUUCGGUUCCCCACCUGAUACAUCGAUCAUCGUCUGUCGUGUGUUUAACCGUUGGUUUUAAUUCCUUCUAUCUUGCAUUUGAAAUCUUUUUGAUUUCUUCGGUUUUUGUUCUUUCCAACUUCAUAUAAACAUCAUCGCCAUGGCCCAGCAAACCCCAACCUUCAAGCUCGUCCUCGUUGGUGACGGUGGUACUGGAAAGACCACCUUCGUCAAGCGCCACCUUACUGGUGAAUUUGAAAAGAAAUACAUCGCCACUCUCGGUGUCGAGGUUCACCCUCUUGUCUUCACCACUAACCUGGGAACAAUCCAGUUUGAUGUGUGGGAUACCGCCGGUCAAGAGAAGUUCGGUGGUCUGAGAGAUGGAUACUAUAUCAACGGACAGUGCGGUAUCAUCAUGUUUGAUGUUACCUCGCGUAUUACCUACAAGAACGUUCCCAACUGGCACCGUGAUCUCGUCCGUGUCUGCGAGAACAUCCCCAUCGUCCUCUGCGGUAACAAGGUCGACGUCAAGGAGCGUAAGGUGAAGGCUAAGACCAUUACCUUCCACCGCAAGAAGAACCUGCAGUACUACGAUAUCUCCGCCAAGUCCAACUACAACUUCGAGAAGCCUUUCCUGUGGCUUGCCCGGAAACUGGUUGGCAACCCUCAGCUGGAAUUCGUUGCCGCUCCUGCCCUUGCUCCUCCUGAGGUCCAGGUUGACGCCGCCCUCAUGCAGAAGUACCAGGAGGAGAUGAACGCUGCCUCCCAGAUGCCUCUGCCCGACGAGGAGGAUGCCGAUCUCUAGAUGUCUAAAUCGAUGAGAGUUUUGGGUGGGACUUCGGUCAUAUGCCAAUGACCGUUUGUCUACUCCGGGUGGGUUACUUGGAACGAUACGCAAAGUCUCGAAUUACGAUACAACGAUAGCGGUCGGUGGAUUGGUUUGAGGACGGCUGGCAUGAUUUGCUUUUUUUUAUCCCUUUUUUUUUUUUCCUUUUUUUCACCCAAUAUUUAACCACUAGUAGUCUAGACUCCUUAUCUCUACAAAGUUCAUAUGAAUCGCAGCUAUAACCAUAGUUGUCGGGAAAGAAAAAGUUUCCAUCUCGUUA